UUCAGUCACAGCCUGACUCCUGCAACAGUCCUGCUGUUUUCGUGUUGGCAAGAUGUCUCGUGAUUAUUUUGGAUUCUCUUUUAUAACGAGAAGUGCAAGAAAUGCGAGCAAUGGAAACACGGUGGCUCUUAACAACCCUGCAGACAUUUCUGUUAUUGUAAUCUACUUUGUGGUUGUCUUAGCUGUGGGAGUAUGGGCUAUGGUACGGACCAAUCGCUCCACCGUGGGUGGCUUUUUCCUCGCAGGAAGGAGUAUGGUAUGGUGGCCGAUCGGAGCGUCACUGUUUGCUAGCAACAUAGGCAGUGGCCACUUUGUGGGCAUUGCCGGCACUGCCGCAGCAGCAGGAAUAGCCACUGGAGGAUUUGAAUGGAAUGCCCUCAUUGUUGUAGUUAUCCUUGGAUGGCUCUUUGUGCCAAUCUACAUCAAAGCUGGGGUGGUUACCAUGCCUGAGUACCUGAAGAAAAGGUUUGGAGGAUCUCGCAUUCGCAUCUAUCUGUCCAUACUCUCCCUGAUUCUUUAUGUCUUCACCAAAAUCUCAGCUGACAUGUUUUCUGGAGCCAUUUUCAUCAACCAAGCUCUUGGGUUGAACAUCUACGUUGCAGUUAUUGCACUCCUACUGAUCACUGCAAUAUACACUGUCACAGGUGGUCUAGCUGCAGUGAUAUACACAGACACAUUGCAAACGAUCAUUAUGGUAGUCGGAUCGUUCAUUCUUAUGGGCUUUGCUUUCAAUGAAGUGGGAGGCUAUGAAAAUUUUGAAAGGCUCUACAUGCAGGCCGUCCCCUCAAUCACAGGAAACAUCAGUGCUGAGUGUUACAAGCCUCGACCGGACUCCUUCCACAUUUUCAGGGAUGCAAUAACAGGAGAUCUGCCAUGGCCAGGCCUGGUGUUUGGACUCACCAUCCAGGCCACUUGGUACUGGUGCACUGAUCAGGUGAUUGUUCAGCGUUGCCUGUCUGCCAAGAGUCUUUCUCAUGUAAAAGGAGGUUGCAUCUUGUGUGGCUACUUGAAACUGCUGCCGAUGUUUCUUAUGGUUUUUCCUGGAAUGAUCAGCAGAAUUCUCUAUCCUGAUGUGGUGGCAUGUGUGGACCCAGAUGAAUGUAAAUCAUUCUGUGACUCUGGUGUCGGAUGCAGCAACAUUGCCUAUCCCAAAUUAGUGGUGGAUCUAAUGCCCAAUGGUUUGCGCGGUCUCAUGCUUUCUGUGAUGCUGGCGUCUCUGAUGAGCUCCCUUACCUCCAUCUUCAACAGUGCUAGCACUCUCUUCACAAUGGAUAUCUACACCAAGAUCCGCCCCAGAGCCAAAGAACGGGAGCUCAUGAUUGCUGGCAGAGUGUUCAUUUUGGGUUUGAUUGGUGUGAGCAUUGCAUGGAUCCCUAUUGUCCAGACAGCUCAAAGUGGUCAGCUUUUUGACUACAUCCAGUCUAUCACCAGCUACCUUGCUCCACCCGUUGCAGCCGUCUUCAUGCUCGCCAUCUUUUACAAACGUGUCAAUGAGCCUGGUGCCUUCUAUGGACUCAUAAUUGGUCUACCAAUAGGCCUGUCCAGGAUGAUUGCUGAGUUUGUGUACGGAACGGGUAGCUGUGCUAGCCCCAGUGACUGUCCGACAAUUAUUUGCGGAGUGCACUACCUCUACUUCGGCAUCAUCCUGUUUGUGUUGUCCUGUAUCAUCAUCAUUGGAAUAUCCCUAAUGACCAAACCCAUUGAAGACAAACAUCUUUAUCGACUUUGCUUUAGUCUGAGGAAUCGUACUGAGGAAAGAGUGGACCUCGAACAAGAUGACUGGGUUGGUGGUGAUGAUGACAAUGAAAGCAUAGAUGAUAAAGAUUCUCACAAAGAACCGGGCGCCUGCAAAAAAGCACUCAUGUGUUUCUGUGGCCUGGAGGACAACAAGGCCCCAAAACUGAGUGCAGAAGAAGAAGCAGAACUGAAGAGGAAACUCACAGAUACCACAGAGGUACCUCUAUGGAAGAACGUCGUGAACGCCAAUGCCGUCAUCCUUUUAUGUGUGGCUGUAUUUUUCCAUGGUUUUUUUGCUUAGAGGAACCAAAGGGGACUUUAAUUGCCAAACUGGAUGCAGCAAGUUAUUGUUUUUGUCACAAACUUUUAUACGGAACCAUGACAUACUGCAACAAAAACCCUUUAAAAGAAGACAGAGUAGUUCCCUUUUUUUUCCAUUAUUUUUUUGUGUAAUGACCGAUGAUCUCAUCCAGGACAUAAUGUUUGUUUUUCUUGAAUAGUUUGCUUUUCUAGUUAACUUUUCCUUGUAUUUGUCAAAAAGUAAACUAUGCUGUAAUAUAUUAACACAUCUACUUUGCUUAAAUACACAGACAGUAUUCACAUACAUAUUACGAAUGUGCAGAUUAAAUGUGACAAUCCCUCUCAAAUUUAUUAGCCAGUUUUUUUUCUUUCUGUGUACUUGUUGUUCUACUUCCUUGAUGUUUUUUCGUAUAUCUGUAGAACUACUGGCAGAGUGUGAUAGUAAGUUUGUUUUCCCCCCGAAAUGUGCACUUUUGCAAUGAAAAACUGAAAAACAAAUAAUGUUUUUCAAUUUUAGUAAUGGAUAUGUACAUUUAUGACGAGGACAAUACACCCUGGAACUCAGCUCAACAGCUAAGCAGAAGCUCUUCUAACAGCGAAAUAUAAAAGCUUUUUUAAUAGUGUCAUAAACUGCUCAGUUUACAUGACAAAAAUUAACCUGGGAUGUUAUGUUUAGUCAUGAAAAAACGGAGGAUUGAGAUAACCAAGAAUGCCCGUAAAAUAUGUAUAAUAUGUAACUGAUGAAGGACGAGGGAGAGGGUUGUAAAUCCCCUCUCAAUCUCUCUGCUUGCUACAUCAUUCCUCUUCAGCUGGGAUUUCUUAUUAUUAUUAUUAUUCAUGCUCAAAGUCCAUCAGUUCUGUAACUUUUACAUCAAUUCCUGCAAGUGUACGUGUUAAUGAAUAAGACACCACCAGAAGGAAAAAUUUUACAUUUCUCAAAAAAAAAAAAAAAAAAAAUCCCAUUUCUUCUUCCGUCCAGUUGUUCAUUCCUUUUUACUUUUUGUAUUAAAAGUGAUGGAUAUGUACAUUUUCUGUAAGAUACUGACUUUAUUCUAUUAACCUUCACAUAUUUUCCCAUUCACAUGUACUUAUGUAAAUCACAUGUACUUGUUAAAUAAAUGCUGAACAAGCUGUGACUCAUCCUAGAACAGAUAGAGUUUUAUUUCAGUUUUAUGCCUAUGCAAUCACUGAUAAUCACUGAUUAUAUGGCCCACAGAAGUUUGUCACUGUUGAAUGUUCCUUGAUUUCUGACCAGGUUAUCGGAUAAUGAUUCCUCCAGUUUUUAUCUUUUCAUUCCCAUCUCAUUAUGUAGCAGCUAUAAAUAACUUUACAUCUGAUUGACUUGUACUGGCCAUUCGUAAGCUGCAGUUUCACUAAGCUUAAAUAAAACAUGUAA